AUGGGAUCGUGUUUUUCUCAAAUCAAAUCACAAAAUGAGACAAUCAAGAAGAUUGAGCCAAAGAAUAAGUAUGGAUGGUUUGAUCUACCAUAUGAUAUCAGAAUAAUGAUAAUUGAUUUGAUGGACCCUAGAACAAAUGCGAAACUCGCAAAAUGUUCCGAAGAUUGUUGUGAAGAAGUUCUUGAAAGUCGAAAUUUUAUUGAAGAGAUUAUGAUACACCGUGACUGCUCGUCAGAAUAUAAUACUAUUAAGUUAUCAGCGAACGCGGAAGGAUACGUUAGGUGGUUGUUCGGAAUAUUACCAUUGAAAAAUGGUGAUGUUUUAGUUAAUUGGCAAUGUUAUGGAGAAAUAAUUAUGGAAAAAACAUUUGAGAAUAAAACACCGAAUGAAGUCAUUGUGAUGUAUUUUAAUCAUUUUGUGAUGAAGAACAAGAAAAGUUUGGAGGAUAUUCUAAUUUGCAAUGUGAGUUUUUAAAGACAGCUAUCCAGUUGGAAAGGCAGUUUUGAGUUGCGAUAACAAUUAUUAAUUAUUUUCUUGUUUUCAGCAAACUUUUCCUUAUGAUCAAACGAAUAUUCGUGAAUUGAAUGGCAAAAAUUUGAAAGAACUGUUACUAAUUGAAAAUGAUUAUGGAAUUGAUCCGAUUCGAUCUGGAUUCGUGGAUUUCGAUACAAUUUGUCGAUUUCGAGAAAGUGUCUGUAUUCCGAAUUAUAAUUCACUCGAUUAUUUUUUCAACAUCAACAUCAAAGCAACAAUGCGAGAAUUGCGAGAUCCAAUAUUUACUCUUGAAGAUUAUGACAAUAUUUUGCGACGUUUUUUAGUUGAAGAGGAAGUUGAUAAGACUGUGGAAAUUAAAUGCAUUCAAGUGGGUAAAAGCAGGAAAAGUUUGGAGGAUUUGGCGCAAGUUAUUGGAAAAUAUGCGAUAAUAAUGCGCGAGUCGCGAGAUGAUUCUUUUCCAUUUUGGACAUUUCAACGAGAAUCGAAAAAGUGGAAUGAUCUAAAGCAUAUUGUAAGACUCGACAAUUAUCAUAUUCAUUUGACCAUCAAAGAUAAACGAUUUCAUGUGUACUAA